GGGGAUUCUUGCUGCUUAUGGGAAGUCCCUAUACGUAUUUAUACAUGGCGAAUGCAUGCAUUUAACGUACACGUCGACUACUCGUUGAAUUCAACAUAUCUUACUCCUAGGAGUAAUGUUCUACUAGUCUGUUGACAAAACAGAACAUAUCAGGAAAUACGUAACCUCCGAUAUUAUCUCAUUCGUGCACUUUUGAGAAUAUAUAGCCCAACUAUUUCAGAGACGAUGGUAAAUUUAGAAGCUACGUUGCUCUAGAGAAGAAACACUUGAAUAACCUUCCAGUUCGCUCAGCACAGAAUCGGGUAACCACAGCAGUUUGGUGCAAUUUGCUGCUGUUAUUGCGUCGAAUUGAAAUUCUUGCAGUCGUUGAGAUCACUCUUCUCUGAACAUUUGCUGACAUUGCAAUUGCUAGUGACUCAACAACCAUCAUCAAGUUAAAACAUUUUGUUUCAUUCGAAUUCGGACUUCACCUCGAUUUCUAGGUGACCGGUGGGCGGAAAAGGUCAGUCAUUAUUAACCUGAUCUCAUCAUCGAUAUCGCUAUUGUUUGUUUUGAAAGCCUAUCAUCAUGAACAUCAACGGAGUACCUGAAUCAAUGGAUAUUGAUGAUGACAUUUUCAAUCUUCACCAAGAUUUUCAAAAUGGCCCCGACCUUGAAAUUCUUAACAGUAUCGAUUGGUCGGAUAUUCUCACCAGCCCAGGCCCUUUCAACCGAUAUUCUAACGGCUCUAGUCCUUCCAACGGUUUGGCACAAUCCAUCGAACUGAGCGGUAUGGCGGAAGGGAGUCCCGAAAGAAGUUUCCAACAGAGCUCUGCUUUCGAAAGUCUCUACAAUGACCCUAUGUUUGGUGUUGGAUCACCCAUGCCACCUCAAGCCCAGGUCGUUCCUGUUACCAGUUCUGAUGUUAUACAAUCAGAGAGGAUGGACAGUGAUUUAGCUGAGAUUGAACCGAUGAGGUUGGGCUCAGAUAUUGAAAGGGUGGCCAUGGCAGAUCCUUCUACUCUCAGAGAAAGCCUGAGAUCCAUCGAAUUGAAUUCUUCUAAAAAUUCCUCAAUGGUAACAUCCAGUGGAGUUGCUACCCAAAGACAAGCUCAACCAGACAGCAGUCAAUCGCAGACUACUGUUGCCAAAACAUCUAAUGGUGCAACCAGAACUGCUGGAGAAGAUUAUUAUCGAAAUUAUAGAUUGCCAGAGUAUGACUUUUUCGAUGUCAGCGUCAAGUUCCUUUCAAAUCUCGUGGUACACAAAGAAGUCACCAGGCCGGGUGGAUGCUUGCUUCAUUACCAGCUGUCUGAUAAGCCUCCUAUUCCUCUACCAGACAAGACAGAUCGAGUUCUCAUUCCAACCAAGAUUCAACAAGAAGAUGGUUCCUUGAAAGACUUCCCUUGGACCAACGAGAAACAGAAACGAUUCACGGUGGAUAAGAUUUUGCAGAACUUCUAUAGAGGCCUUCUGCUGUGCUCAAGGGAAGGAAACAUAUACGCAACAAGAAGAUCAAAUACCAAGCUCUUUUGGCUUGGUACUGAAAGUAAAAAAGGUGGUAGCGCAGAAGAGCUUAUGAGAAAUCAAGCGACUGAGAUCUUCAACUGGGAGCGCUUCGAGGAAAAGAUAAAACUCAAGGUUGCAUCAGGUAAACAGAGAGAACUGGAACUGCCAGCAGUUUGGAUCAGCUUCGCCCAGAAGUGGGACAAACCAUCCUCAACCAUAACAACUAAAUUAGUGUGGGCUCGGAUUGAUCCCACACGAGCUUGUGAGAUGGUUAAAACUCUCAACCCUGAUGUAAGGUCGACCGAGUUAAUGGAAUCAUUACAUUCAAGCCUACUUGCCAUUUCCACUGAACCCAGACAGAGUACUAAAGACUGACCAUCUUGAAUACAUUAAUGAUGAUUUUGUUUAAUAAUGGAUCUAUAAAUUUUAAAUAUAAAUACAUGUCAUCGAAUGUUCAUAAUUAUUCUUUUUUCAUUGAUUCUGCGAAGCAUGAAAUACGAGAUAAAGUGGUAUAAUGAUCGAAAGCUGCGUAUUUUUGAAAGAGCCGAUUUCUGGAGUUGGAAAUUUAAAGAAAUAAUAUCAUACAAUAAUAGCAUUUUGUCAGUAUGACAUACACUGAAAUUGUCAGCUGAAAACAAUUUACAAUCCAGGGAUCGGUCUACGGAAUGAGAAAGCCAUAUUUAGAUACAGAGUAAAAUGGUAUACUCCAUAAUUUGAAUUUAUUCACUCAAUCAAGCCAAUGUGGUCAAAUUAAAGAAAUAUAAAGCACUAUCCACUGACCCAUGUUAAUCACCAUCUGCAAGCUCCCACAUCAAGUCAGCAUGUAAUAUUUAAGAAGAUUGGAAAUAAAAUGAUUUCAUUCACCCCAAAUCUCUCUUUUUGACUAUGUUCUAAGAUGAUAAUGAUGAUAAUAAUGAUAAUCCUAGCAUUGUCAUAAGGACCUAAUAAAUCAGUGUUUAUGUUCAGGGCCUUGAUGUAGCAAUUACAAAUACAAGGAGAAGAAGAAAACUGUGAUGUUGCUUUCAUAAUUAAUGAAUACUGGAUUUUUAUUUUUACCGUUGCUAUUACAGUUUAUGUCUAGCCCAACAAAAGUUAAUUUGAAAGAAAAGGGUAAGCUCAAAUGACCAUAAUACUGAAAAUUUCAUCAAAAUCUUAUGUAGAAUAAAAAAGUUUGAAUAGUUUAAAAUUUUACUUAUUUUCACACAAAACCCGGUUAUACUUAACACAUGCGAUAUGCUGAUGAGAGAGUUGAUGACGUGGCACACUGUUUAUUAUAUAUGUUAUUGUAAGAAGACUAUUUCAAUUUCUGCAUAUUUAACAAUAUGGGAGCUCCUCCUUGAAUCACAAUACGUUGCAGCAAUGGCGUUGCCACAAGUUCAAGCAUGAGAUAAAAGCUAUUUAAAAUUAUAACAAGGAAAAUUUUCACAAAAACAUACAUAAUGCUUCCAUCCACCUACGGUUGACAGAUACAUUAAAACAAUAACAAAUUAAAGUCAAACCCGAAAGAAAUAACGAUUGGGUGACGUCAUCUUUCCCUUUAACCAGAAAUUGUCCACAUGAUGAGCGUUUUACUCUUGAAAGCCGAAUUGUAAAAUUUAAUGAAUUCCUCAUUUUACAUUCGAUUUGAUGACAUUUUCAUGUUUAUUUUUGCUCUAUUUUUCUCUCUUGUAGAAGUAGUUCUCAAUUCAAGUGCAUCGAUAAAAAUACAUACGUUUUCAAAAUUUUCGCCAAUCACAGCUCAAAUUUGUGCAUGAUGGUAGUAUAUUACGAUAGAGUGUCAUCUAACAUGUUAUGUAUAUCCCAGAUAUAAUGGUUCAUGUAUCUCAUGGCGAAUCAAUUACAAAUAUUAUUGACUUCGUCUAUUCCAAAAUUGGUCAUGGGAUCUGGAUGCUAGUUUCUCUUUUAUGUACAAAAGAAAAAUUAUGAUUAUUUAUUAUUUAGUAAAAAUAGCUUAUAUUUUAAGAAAAAAAAGAACAACAGUGAUUCAGAAUUGUGAUGAUAAUGAACAGGAAAUCAUAUUUCAAACCGUGGAUGUACUGUUUGUUUUACAUAUUCACAGUGUCAGACAAGGUUAUUGACGCACAAAAUGGGGAUAUGUGCACUUGUCAUUUCGGUCAAUUAAAUAAAAUUGUGAGAAAUUAUGAGACUAUUAUAGCGAAAGAAUGCAUAUGGAAUUUUUCUUUCAAUAAGUGCUCGAGGACCUUGCUUACUCAUAUUUCAACUUGUUUACACGUCCCCGAUAUUAAAGCUUGGUUGACGUAUAUAUUUGGUAUUUUUUAAACAGAAGUUUUGAAAUUCAAACACCAGCGAUCCGUUUCUAAUAUUUUUAGCUGCAGUUUUGAAGAUUAUUGGUCAAUUUUCUCAACAUUCGUUUGUUGAACUUCCUUUGAACUCUUAAAUAGCAAACGUCACUGAAGAUCGGUAACCAGAUUAAUUUUGUUUUACCUUGCACAAUGAUGGACUUUUAAUUUUAAUUUCUGCCACUUCAUGUUUACGUCGAGCAAAGUUUAAAAUUACUGUUUAGCACAGCAACAGCAUACCACCCACUUUCUAUCUGGAAUUCGAUUGACUUGGUACCAUAGAUUACAGUUUGUUUCAUGAUUUUGAUUGUUUUUUUCUGUAGUUUAAUGAUGACCAUAGUCACGUGAUGUGAAUGAUAAGCAUUCUAUUGAAGGUUCCUUAAUGCGAACAUUGAAAUUACUAUAUGGUUGACCUGUAUGGAAAAAGGCAUUAUGAUAUUUACCAUGAUUAUUAUAGUCGCCCUGCUAAGCAAAGUCUAUAUACUAUUAGUGUUUCAUUGGAUGACUUCCUGAUUUACUUUGUUUCAUAUUUCAGGUGUAGCAUUUCGGUUUUGUUUUAUUGGUUGCAUAUUGACAUGAAAGUCACUCGCCAUUUUGUAUUAUACUGCCGACAAUGUAAUAAUUACUGUAUAUAUUUAACCUGUACUUUGCAGCGCUAUUUUCCCCUUGUUUUCUAGUGCUGAAGAUAAUGCUUUCAUUGCCAAUAAAUUUUUUAUCGUUCACUCGAAUUUUCGACGGUCCUCCGUCUUUUUCAGAAGUUUACAAUGUAAAUGGCAAUGAAAGCAUUAUCUUCAGCAUGUAUAUUUAUAUAUUUGUAUAUAUUUAUGUUACUCUCUAGUGUUCUGUUACGUUUGAAGCUCUUUCAGUCAUAUAAUUAUACAUUAUGUAAUGAUUUGAAUUAAUAACAUUAUUUUUCCUCAAUCACUUUGAUUCUAAGUAAUUUAUUAAUUAAUUUUAUUAAUUGUCUUCAUAUUCGAUUAUCUGAAAUUAAUAAAGUCUUUUUGAUUACAACUGUUCGGAGUUGAAACUAAAUGUCAUCCUUAUCGAGUUCAUGAUAUAUUUUCAUAAUAAUAAAAAAAACAUAUAAAAAUAUUAAACAAUUGUGCCCCGAAAUCGAGAGUUCGAGAGCAAAAUCGAGAGUUCAAACUUGAAUGUAUUAUUAAAAUGAAAAGCAUUGUUAUCUUGACAAGUAUUUGCUAAUUAAUACCUCAGUCAUAUUUGCUCUAUACGGUGGCCGAAAACAGCCGUUUAAUCAUUUUCAUUCAAACCACCUAUAUUUUAUGUUGCCAUUACAUAAGUCGUUUUCGACUCGCCGUACGGCCGCUGGAGAGCAAAUGUGACCGAGGUAUAAAUUCUAUAUUGUAUAGUGCAUGGUAUGGUCUUUGUCAUUAUGUAAAGGAGCAUGUCAAUAUUUUGAUUACUUGCUUGUAUAGAUAAUUUAUUGACAGAAUUAAAUAAAAGAAUGAAAACAAACGUA